GUUUGGAAGAUUUCAUAAUACAGUGAAACCAAAUUUGCACUUUUUACCCAUAAUUCCAUCAUGAGAGUUUGCGGCAAACACUAUGUCGGUCAUUUAUUCGUACACACCUAACCUAAAACAGAAUCGCAUUUGGUCCACCCCCCCAAGGUGAAAGCGGCUCAUAUCCCUCAUGUCGUCGGGCCGAGCCAUGCAAAUGCAACGUUUACAGAGGUGGACCAAACAAACAUAUGCUGACAUCUGUCCCCUCUGCUUGGGAUCAUUCUCAUCCCACCCCGAUGACAAGAGUGCAUCUGGAGGGGAAAAUCCCGUUGUCUGUAAAAGUAGGCUACAGGCUUUUUUAUAUUUUUAUCUCCUCAGAAUGAUGAUGAAACCACUGGUUGUAUUAUCCCCGCUCCCCUCCCCGCCCUCGGCUGCCUCCAGUUUGUAGGUUACCGAAAGAUUUCGCCAACCACAGAUAAGAAGAUUAGGGAGGAAUUAAUGGUAUUCCUUUGUCGUUAUUGGAAUAAAUUGAUAUUUGGUUUUAGACAAGAGGGUGGAGACUGUUAGGGUCAGCGGCGAAGCACGUUCCGACAAGAGAUGCAAGAGGACGGAUGGCACAUUUGACAACCAAACUCAAUCAGGGGACUAUCUGGACUCAUGUAUAGCGCCUUUGCCCGCAGAUGAGAGUGCAGGACGUUGCGACCAUGAUUGGGCGUGCGCAAGCAACAGCGGAAUGAGCGCUGCCGAAAUAUGGAUGUGCCAGUAAGGGACGGGGACUGAGGCUUCCAUCGGAGGGCAGGGGGAGGACGCUCGGGCGGUGGGCGGUGUGGGGGGGUGGGGGGAUCCUCUAGCGUUCCCAGCACCGCUUUCACCAUGAGAGCGGUCCUCCUGGCCUUACGACUCCUGUGCUUCGCCUGCUGGUGGCCCGUCACGCAGCUGAACGGCAGCCACUUCCCCAGCAAGAGGAGACACAAGGAGCUCGACCUCGGAGACGUCAACAGACAAAAACACGGCGGACGAGUGGACCUCAAGAUGAAAAAGCUCGACAGCACAAAGUCGUUGCUCAUUAAAUCGGAACAGCUGCUUCGAAUAGAGGACCACGAUUUUGCCAUGCGGCCGGGCUUCGGAGGUUCAGCCAUCCCCGUUGGCAUCGACGUCCAGGUAGAGAGCGUCGACAGCAUCAGUGAAGUAAACAUGGACUUCACCAUGACUCUGUACUUGAGGCAUUACUGGCAGGACGACCGACUGGCCUUCCCCUCCAGCAGCAACAAGAGCCGAACCUUCGACUCGCGUCUUGUGAAGAAGAUCUGGGUGCCCGACGUGUUCUUUGUCCACUCCAAGCGCUCUUUCAUCCAUGACACAACCAUGGAGAAUAUCAUGCUGAGAGUUUUUCCUGACGGCAACAUUCUCUACAGUGUCCGGAUUACCGUGACAGCGCUUUGCUCGAUGGACUUCAGCAGCUUCCCUCUCGACACACAGAACUGCUCUCUGGAACUGGAGAGCUAUGCUUACAAUGAGAACGACCUUAUGCUCUACUGGAAGAAUGGGAAUGAUUCAUUAAGGACUGACGAGAUUGUGCUGUCUCAGUUUUUUGUCGAAGAUUUCCAGCCUUCUUUUGGGCUCGCCUUUUACAGCAGUACUGGAUGGUACAAUCGUCUCUACAUUAAUUUCAUCCUCAGGAGGCACAUAUUCUUCUUCAUGCUGCAGACAUAUUUCCCCACCAUGCUGAUGGUAAUGCUGUCCUGGGUGUCUUUCUGGAUAGACAGGAGGGCCGUGCCCGCCCGUGUCUCCUUGGGCAUCACCACCGUGUUGACCAUGUCCACCAUCAUCACCGGCGUGUCCUCCUCAAUGCCUCAGGUGUCUUACGUGAAAGCGGUGGACAUCUAUCUAUGGGCCAGCUUCCUUUUUGUCUUUCUCUCCGUCAUCGAGUACGCAGCCGUCAACUAUUUCACCACAGUGGAGGAGAUGAAGAAGCUCAAGAGGGCACAGAUCCCGGCGUCCUACAACGCCACACAGGCCAUGGCUUUCGAUGGCUGUUUCCAUGACAACGACAUUGACCUGACCUCUUUCCCCGAGGUUUCCAGCACGCCGAACACAGAGAGGAACACACAGUCACGAAACUCCACUGUGUCGGCCCCCGCAGAGGGUACCAGGCUGCGCCGCAGGAACCCAUUAAAACACAACCUCCGUUUCAUAAUGAGCAACAGCUACAUGAUUGACUCCUACUCCAGGGUUUUAUUCCCUCUGGCCUACCUGCUCUUCAAUGUCAUUUACUGGAGUAUGUAUGCAUAACACACUCUCAUUGCAGGUGCGUGUGAAAGCAACACAGUCAUAGGAUUUAAACUUUUGUCUGUUUUAUUGUUGUACAAAGCUUUUGAAUCAGACGAUUAUUUCAGUCUUGGGAUUGUAUUGCGUUGCUUCAUUGCUGCAGAGUAAAAUGCAUAUUCAUUGUAAAAUAUCUCUCAAAUGACAAGUAAAUGUAUGCAGUGUUGUUAA